UUGUAGGGUCCCAGUAACUAUUCUCCUCUUGCUCCAGUCUUUGUGUUACUACAGUGCUUGUGUGUUGCAGGUUCCCAGUAACUACGCUCCAAACUACCCCAUUGGUCACCCUCGUCGCAAUGAUCGUUCUAGCGGCUACAGCACUCUUCCCCACCAGUCAGCUGCCCAUGUUGCUCCCAUCACCCAUAAUGGUAGUGGCAGCCCUGCCCCGCCUCCCCAGGUGGGAACAGUGCACCCUAUGACCCAUGUUGCACCCCAGGGGUCUUACACCCCACCUCCACCCCCGCCUCACAUGCAGGAGCCACCACAGUAUGCCUCCCACUCCAUGGGCAUGCCACGCUAUCCUACCCUGAUACGACCUGCCAUGACCUUGCCAAAGAACCUCACUAACAAGAGCCUGUCGAACAAGGCCAACGAGCCAGUUUUAGCAGCGCCUCCGUCACCUGCGUCAUCUGGAGUGGUGAGCGAGCAGGAAUACAACAGUCGCUCCUCUGGUGCCUCCUCUCCUCCCCUGCCACCACCACCCACCUCUGAGGCUGACAUUCCCCCUGCAGUACCUCCACACUUCAUGGAGAAAGCAAUGGAUGACACACCAGCACCACAUCGCAUGCCAGGACCCACCACGCCUGCUGUGCCCCCACACUACCUGGAGAAAGUGAUUGCCGUGUAUGACUACACUGCUGACAAGGAAGACGAACUCACGUUCUCUGAGAAUGCUGUUAUCUAUGUUCUCAAGAAGAAUGAUGAUGGCUGGUGGGAGGGAGUGAUGAAUGGUGUGACAGGUCUCUUCCCUGGCAACUAUGUUGAGCCACUUAUGUGAGCUACACACCACCACUCCAUGGAACAGUGUGAUGACACCACCACUCCAUGGAACAAUGUGAUGACACCACCACUCCAUGGAACAGUGUGAUGACACCACCACUCCAUGGAACAAUGUAAUGACACCAUUACUCCAUGGAACAGUGUGAUGACACCACCACUCCAUGGAACAAUGUAAUGACACCAUUACUCCAUGGAACAGUGUGAUGACAACACCACUCCAUGGAACAGUAUAUAAGAAAUAUGUACUCUCCGAAGUAAGAGAAUAUGUAAUUUGUUUUCUGAGGUAACAUUUCCAAAAAUAAAUGAUCAAUAGACUGCUCUGCCAGAACUGUUUAGAAUAAUGUUGUUAUAUUGUUGAGGAAACAGCAGUGAUAUACAGUGCUGGUCACUGACAUAGUGGUAGCUUCAGACACAGUGCUGGUGACUGGUACAAUGUUAUCUUCAGUCAUAGUGCUGGUGACUGACACAGUGGUAGCUUCAGUCACAGUGCUGGUGACUAGUACAGUGUUAGCUUCAGUCAUAGUGCUGGUGACUGACUCAGUGUUAGCUGCAGUCACAGUGCUGGUGACUCACAAAGUGUUAGCUUCACAGUGCUGGUGACUGGUACAGUGUUAGCUUCAGUCACAGUGCUGGUGAUUGGUACAGUGUUAGCUUCAGUCAUAGUGCUGGUGACUGACACAGUGUUAGCUUCAGUCAUAGUGCUGGUGACUGGCACAGUUUUAGCAUCACUCACAGUGCUGGUGACUGACACAGUGUUAGCUUCACAGUUCUGGUGACUGAUACAGUGUUAGCUUCACUCAGUGCUGGUGACUGAUACAGUGUUAGCUUCACAGUGCUGGUGACUCACACAGAAGGAAAGAAGGAAGGGUAACUUUAAUGACUGGACUCAAGAGCACUUCACCAACAUCAAAGUAUACUUGUUGAAGUGAGAAAUUGUGAAGGAACUUAUACAAACUAUAUCAUAUGAUCUUUGAUUCAUACAUUGUUUGCUCAUGCAUUUUCACUAAAAUAUUCUCUUACACAUUCACAAUUAGGCAUGAUGAAGGAAGGCUUCAGAGAGUCCUGAUUCUGGUGAAGGUCUCUUCAUCCAAGGAAUUUGAGCUACCCUUCCUUUCCCCAGAAAAAAAUUGAUUACUUCCCAUUCACUGGAUCCUGAGAGACCCUUGUGGGCUUAGUGCUUCCCUAAGGGUGCAAUAAAAAUACUGGAUCAAAAGUUGACAGUUGUGGCAGUGACGAAUCUCUGUUCCUCACUAUAUUGUUAUUAGUAUCUUAUGACUGGUUCAUUCUGUUUAUUUUCAACUUGAAGGUGCAGGUAGCAACUGCUAGGAAACUAACACAUGUAGACAAGGAGUCUCACUUAAUUCAAUGUGAUCAAGCAGAAUACCUUGAUACUGCCAGAGCUUUUGCUCCAAGGAAUUGGAACUGCUGUUUUUUCCUUAGAUCAAACUUAAUCACUUUCUGACCCUUCACUUGUACUGCUGUGUUGUUCUGUGCUAGACAUCACUGAGAAUAGAGUAUCAAAGAAUAUAAGAAGAGACAGUACCAACUUACAAAUAUUUCAAAUUACAAGCAUCUGCAUUUAUGUACGUGUAUCUUUUGAAACAGUUCCAUUGAUACAAAUGCUUAUAGCACUUGCUACAGACAUCUGCAAAAUAUAACAACUUUUAUUCUCAUAUUUUCUCUGAAGUUUGUAAAUUGAAAAACCAGGACUAACUUGUUUGUAAGUAGAAAUUCUAUGAAUGUAACUUGUUUGUUAGUUGUUUAUUUCAUGUAACUGUAUGAUCUACAUUUGAAAGGUAAUGUUCUUAUGCUGCUACAAGUGUUAAGUACAGCUUCAAACAAUAGUAUGCUCAACUGGUUGCUUGAUUUUUAAUAAUGUCUCUUUAGGUCAGUCCUCUGCUGAUACUUGUUUCUUCACUUGGCAUGAAAUAUUUGACAAAUGAAUUGUCCUCAUAUCUUUUCCAAGUCUAAGAGUAUUUUACUCAACACUUAUUUAUAAAAUAAGUAUGUUUGGUGUUUGUAUAUUAUGACAUAUUUACUAGGUAGUUUUAUUACUGUGUAGUACUCUUCAAGGAGGCUAGCUGCCUUAAUUUGCUGAAAGGCUCUUGAUUCUAGCAGCAGUUGUAGCUACCCUUCCUUUCUGUGGCUUAAACAUGAUUACCUCCAGGUACCUACCUGCAGCACCUCCAUCAAUUUUAUUAUGAUAAUAGCACUACUAAGUUAUAAUAAUAGCACUACUAAGUUAAUACCUAAACUAUUGAAAUUAAAUGACAUAUACCAUAGUGCAGACAUUGUGUAUACCAUAGUGCAGACAUUGUGUAUACUAUAGUGCAGACAUUGUGUAUACCAUAGUGCAGACAUUGUGUAUACCAUAGUGCAGACAGUAUUGUAUAUAAUGUGGUGUAAACAUGAUCAUUUUAAAUAUUCUCAAAAAGCUCUCUGUCUUGAGAUUAAAUAUUUAAUAUAUUUAACCCUUUGACUGUUUCAGGCCCCUCUCUGAAACUGUCAUUCUAUGUCGCUCAAUUUUUAAAAAAAAAAAAAUUAUUUUUUCUUAUGAAAUGAUAGAGAAUCUUUUCCCGAUGGUAAUGACACCAAAAGUUCGAAAUUUUGUCGAAAACUCGUGGAAUUAUGCUCCCGCGAAGUUAGCGGUCUCGGCAACAUAUGCGUAUCGGCGAUUUCGCCGACUUUGAGCCCCAUUUUCAGCCAAUUCCAUUGUUCCAGUUGACCAAACUCAUAGCUAUUUCUUUAGAACUCCAUUUUAUCUAUCAGCUGAGUACAAGAAACCUCCCAUUUACUAAUUUGGACUACCCAAUAUGGUGGUCAGAAAUUGGCAAUUUGGCCAAUUUCACGCAAAAUAAAAAAGAUGCCAAUUUCAAAAUAGGGUCCAGAAUAAACAAGGUAGACAUUCGUGGCACUAAAAUAACAUAUGCUCUGUUCAUUAGUCACAUCUCUAGGCCCCUCUUAUAUUAUUAUUGCUUUCUAUUUUGAUUUUUUAUUCAUACAAAAAAAUACAAAAUUUACUGUUAUGCAGACGACUGCAUUAUUGUAAAAAUGGUAUAAAUAAUAUCAGUGCACUAGUGAAAGAAUAUUAGACUCCCCAGUUGACGUGUAUUGGUCGUGUGGUGUGAUUUAUUUACUCUUGAACAUUGGUAAAAAUCGAACAUUUCCGCUACUUUGAGCUCAGUUUCAAGGUCGUUUUCAUCGUAAAAGUAAUGAAAAUCAUCUCUAUUUCUGUAAUAUGUUUUCCAUUUUAUCACCUAAGACCAUGAAAACGCGAAUACAACGAUAAAUACUAUACGAAAAUACACCUCAAAGUCGGCGUUUUAUUCCAAAAAAACGAUCAGAGUUUUUUUUUUCUCAUUACGCAAUGUGUGCUGCAGGAUUUUUUUUAUGUGGUGCACACUGACCACACAGACCCAUUCUCUCACAUGUGGGCCUACCAGCUUUCUCCCACUUGAUUUGAAGCCGCUAGAAUUAUUGAGUAUAUAUACGUCAGAAACAUUGGCUCGUAAGACGUAUUUAUACGUCGAAAACAGUCAAAGGGUUAAAUUCUUUUUUUCUUCUUUCAAUGCACUGGCCGUAUCCCACUGAGGCAGGGUGGCCCACCAAGGCAGGGUGGCCCAAAACGAAAAAAUGAAACGUUCUCCAUUUAAAUUUACUAACAUAUAUACAGGAGAUGGGGUUACUAGCCCCUUGCUCCCGGCUUACGGAGGAAGAAUUCUAUUCCACUUCCCCAUGGAGAUAAGAGGAAAUAAACUAGAACAAGAACUAGCAAGAAAAUAGAGAAAACACAUAGGGGCGUGUAUAUAUGUAUAUGCUUGUACAUGCAAGUGUAGUGUGACCUAAGUGUAAGUAGAAGUAGCAAGACGUACCUAAAAUCUUGCAUGUUUCUUCUUUCUUUCAACACACCAGCCACAUCCCACCGAGGCGUGGUGGCCCAAAAGGAAAAACAAAAGUUUCUCCUUUUACAUUUAGUAAUAUAUACAGGAGAAGAGGUUACUAGCCCCUUGCUCCCGGCAUUUUAGUUGCCUCCUACAACACGCAUGGCUUACGGAGGAAGAAUUCUGUUCCACUUCCCCAUGGAGGUAAGAGAAAAUAAACAACAAGAACAAGAACUAGUAAGAAAAUAUUAGAAAACCCAAAGGGGUGUGUAUAUAUAUGCUUGUACAUGUAUGUGUAGUGUGACCUAAGUGUAAGUAGAAGUAGCAAGACGUACCUGAAAUCAUGCAUGUUUAUGAGACAGAAAAAAAGACACCAGCAAUCCUACCAUCAUAUAAAACAAUUACAGGCUUCCACUUUACACUCACUUGGCAGGAUAGUAAUACCUCCCUGUGCGGUUGCUGUCUACCAACCUACCACCUACAAUAUAUUUAAAUUUUUAAUAUAUUUAAGGGUCGCCCCGAAAAGGUUGGAGGAAGGGGAUAAAGGGGAUUUUUUGGGCGAGGGGCUUGGACUGCAGCAAACAUGCAUGAGCAUGUUAGAUAGGAGUGAAUGGAGGUGAAUGAUUUUUGGGACCUGACGAGCUGUUGGAGUGUGACCAGGGUAAUAUUUUGUGAAGGGAUUUGGGGAAACCAGUUAGCUGGACCUGAGUCCUGAAAUAGGAAGUACAGUGCCUGCACUUUAAAGGAGGGGUUUGGGAUAUUGGGAGUUUAGAGGGACACCUAAACUGUCGUAUCUGAGCGCCUCUGCAAAGACAGCGAUUAUGUAUGUGAUGGUGAAAGUGUUGAAUGAUGAAAGUUUUUUCUUUCAUUUUGGGUUUUUCUUUCUUUUUGGGUCACCCUGCUUUGAUGGGAAAUGGCCAUGUUAAAAAAAUAAAAAAAUUACUUCUAAGGUGUAUAUAUAUAUAUGUUUUAUUUAGUAUCUUCAUUGAAGUGCUUCUGUAGGAUGACCAUCUUGAUGCUGGUGAUGGGCUCUUGAUCUGAGGAAGUGGAGUCACUGUCCCUUAUCCUUCAAUGAAACUUCAUUACCUCUAAUCCCCUGGUGCUGUAUGACUUGUGGGUUUAGUACUUUGUAACAAAUAUUUUGAUAAUAUUAAAUAACCAUGUCUGCUGGCCCAGUCAACAUGCUAUGUUCACAAUGCUCUGCUUAAAGAUAUUGCUUGUAAACACACAAUAGUCACAUUAUACUUGAACCCUGGGUGUUUUGACAGGUGUAGCAGGGUAAUAUUAUACUUGAACCCUGGGUGUUUUGUCAGGUGUAGCAGGGUAAUAUUAUACUUGAACCCUGGGUGUUUUGUCAGGUGUAGCAAGGUAAUAACAUUAAACCACUAAA